GAAAAUACUAAGUUAGAUCUGGUUACAAGGAGUGGAGAAAGAGACAAGCUUCGAACCAAGUGGAAAGCUAUGUUCCUAUAGAGUGGAAGAAACUAUGGAUGCUGGAACUGCCACCUAAAGUUCGUCUCUUUGUGUGGAGGUGGGGUAGCAAUAUACUACCAACAGGGGUGAAUUUAAGUCACAGAAUCAAGGAGGCUCAUGACGAAUGCCCUUUCUGUGGUAUGUUUGAAACCCAAGAACACAUCACGAGAGAAUGUGACUGGGCAGGGAGAGUAUGGAGACCUAGUGAGCUAGCUGACUUCUUCAAGAUGGGUGAAGGGAAAAAUUGUGAAGCUUGGCUCUGUGACCUAAUUGAGGGAGUGAGCUCGGAGGAGUUAACAAAGGUGCUAAUCACGCUUUGGUUUUUAUGGAAGGAGCGAAACAAUCAUCUCUUUAACAAUCCAAAGCUCGAGGAAUGGGAAAUUGUGGCAAAAGCCCAGAAUUACCUGGAGGAGUAUAUUGAGCAGCAGAAUCGAAGAAACCCAGGACCGCCGUUGUCACGAGCUCGAGCCAGGACCAGAUGUCCUCUAGAAAGAACCCUCAAAUUAAACACCGACGCGACAAUUCUAGGAGAAGAGGGAACGGGUUAUGGCAUGAUCUUAAGAGAUAGUGCUGGGAAUUUUCUAAUGGGAGCUACUCACCGGACGAAGACGAGAUGGCCGAUUGAGAUGGCAGAAGCCCAGGCAAUGGUGUGGGGCUUGAAGCUAACCCGAGAGCACUACUCCCUGCUACUGCUGAUGGAGACGGAUUGUCAAACCCUGAUCCAGAAACUAAAUCGACGGGAAGCCACUAAGCUGGAAGUGGGGUUAUUUGUGACGAGAUCCGUGAGAUUGCAGAGGAGGAUGGAAGUGUGAACUGGAGAUUGUGGAAAAUAGAAGGAAAUGUUUGUGCACACGAAAUGGCCCGAGUGAGAUGUAGAUCAGAGGAGACGGAAACCUGGUUCUCAAGACCACCUAUCAUUUUAGUCCCUCUAAUUUUGCAAGAUAGCAAUGUAGUCCCUGAACUUUAAUUUAUGGAUUACAAAUGAAUUGUCAAAAAAAAAAAAGGCAACCUUUGGUCUCAACUUGUGUGAUUCUCUUUGUCAUUAUUGCAAGUUUCAUGCUGGUGUGGAACGGUUGAUGCAACAAUCCUCGCUCCGGUGGACUUGCAAAAGAAGCCCCCACCUUAAAUUGUAUCCUUGGUCGACCCUCUAACUCUCAAGUGAGUAUUGAAUAAAAAAUUCGAGAGGAUUGGAUCGUGUGUGAACACGAUCGAGAGCUUUAACGGAUGAUAAUCUGCAUUAAUGGCGAGUGUGUAAGAUGACUAUAGAGGAGCCAAUAAUGUCAAUAGGAAUCUGCCAACUUGCGAGUACGUUGGUUGAAAACAAGUAUGUUGGGUGGCUAUCAACGACUCGUCAAGUAGCUUCACCGAUCUUCCUUGUGGGGCUCUCGCAGUGAUAGUUCGUUAGAGUGACGAGGAUUUUGUUGUGUGUGCUUAUAACCACAGUCUCUUGUGGAGAAGGGAGUCGAGUCAGAGCUUAAAGAGAGGGUGUGAUCUCGUAAAUAUCUCCAUUUGGACCGAAUCAAGAUCAUCAAGUCGAGGACAAGAUUUCUAUUAAGAUAUUAACACUACAUUUUUUGGGCUAAUGCAGUGCAAAGGUCCUCCCUUAGUCUUAAAUGGCUCCACCCUAGAUAAAAAAAUGAGUGGAAAUAUAUUUAUUCCGAUUCG